GGCGCGGCGCGGCGCGAUUGGCCGAGCGCUCGCGGCGCCAGCAGGUUAGUGCGCUCGGCGUGAGGCCAGCGGCCCCUCCGCUGGCUCCUCCCCCCCCCACCCCGGCCGGGCCCGCAGGGCAGAGUGACACUCGCCAGGCGGCUGCGUCCCGGCGGCGGCGUCCCGGCGGCAGCCCCGCGCCCCUCCGCCUCCGAUAAGCAGUUUGUGAAGACUGAAGGAUCUGCUGAAGGGAACACCUGCUUUUGAGGUUGCAGACUCGCUGAAGCAUGGCUGACCUGGAGCACAACCUCAGCCUGGCGGAUGCUCUGACGGAGCCGCCUCUCGAGAUUGAGGAGGAAGUGAAAAGGGACUUCAUUGCCACUCUGGAAGCGGAGAAAUUUGAUGAUGUGGUUGGAGAAACCGUAGAUAAAACAGACUAUGUUCCUCUGCUGGAUGACGACGAUGAUGGAAAAGCUGGGAGCCAGGAACCAAAGAGCAAACCCCAUGCAGACAGUAUUCAGGUGGAACAUACUUCAGCUUCUGGGCCAACGGUUGUAGAGAAUGGUGACCAUGGAAUAGGCAAUGACCGUACAGUAUUCCCAGGAGAAAUCAUGGACGAAAGCCUGGCUUAUGAAGAAUUUUUUGAUCGCAAUGACGCCUGUACGAUGGAUGACAGAGACCUGUGCUUCGAAUCGCAGCCGGUGUUCAAGCCCAUGGAGAUGGCUGACCCCUUCGGCAUGCACAGAGGGGAGAACCUGCCCGAGCUGUCGUUUCCUACUGACAUGCAGCACGUGCCGAUGUUCGCGGACCACGUAGACGUCUCCAGAGACAUCCAUGCACCACAUGCGCCUAUGAUGGUACCUGAUCAACCUUUCCUGGGGUCCCCGUAUUCUCCUGCAGAAGUUCUAGAUCCAUCAGCCUUUAUUGGCCUGGAUUCGGCUGCGGUGUAUCUGCAAGACACAGCAGUGCCUGAAGAACACUGGAUGGGAGCUCAGCACGCUGCAAAGGGACCAGAUGCCGCUUUCUUUGUUGAGCCACCAGUGACUGAAGCAAAAAAGCCGCAUUUGCCGGAAAGCCCUGCAGCGGUGGCUCCCGCGUUUGAUCCUACCGCACUGAUCGCAUCCCCAGAAGAGGCUGAAACGACUGAUGCACCGCAAGGUGCAGCAUCAGCAGAUGCUGGGUGUGUUCCUGCCUUGGACGUCGUGUCCGCGCCUGCAGAAAAAGCCGGGUCCGUUCUUCCAGGAGAUACUGAGCCUCCUCAAGCGGUGGACGCUGGAUUCACCCCUGCAGCAGAAGCCUUGGAUAGUGGGUUUGCUCCUGCAGCGGAAGCAGCAUCUCCUAAUGCUCUUGAUGCCGCGUUUGCCCCAGUGGCAGAUGCUGGGUUUACCCCAGCGGCAGAUACUAAGUCUCAUCAUGCUCUGGAUUUGGAUUUGGCACCAGCAGCAGCAGCAGAUGCAGGGUUUGCCCCAGCAGCAGAUGCUAAGUCUCAUCACACGAUGGAUUUGGAGUUUUCCCCAGCAGAAGAUGCAGGGUUUGCCCCAGCAGCAGAUGCUGCGUCUCAUCACGCUAUGGAUUUGGCGUUUGCCCCGGCAGCAGAUGCAGAGUUUGCCCCAGCAGCAGAUACUACAUCUCACCAUGCUUUGGAUUUGGCGUUUGCCCCAGCAGCAGGUGCAGAGUUUGCCCCAGCAGCAGAAGCCAACCAUCUUCACGCUGUGGACUCUGGGUUUGCCCCUGCAGCAGAAGCCAAGGCUCUUCCUGCCGUGGGCGCUGCCUUUGCCUCUGUGCCAGAAGCGAAGUCUGUCCCUGCAGCUGACACCCCGCUUGCUGCGUUUGAAGAGCUGAUGGCAUCUGAGCGAGACAAGUCACCCUUCAGCAAGCCUCCAGCAGAAGCAGCCGCAAACACAGAACAAGAGUUGAAGGUCCCAGAAGCUUGUGCUGAGCUUCCCUUGGAGAAAGCCAAAGACGUUGGAUCAUCUCCAAGCCACCAUGCAGAGCAUCUUCCAGAAAAAGUGGACCAUCUUCUAGAACCAGCAGCUCCAGUAGAAGCAAAAGAAGCCGUGGCACUAGAAAGUAAAGAACUCCUUCCAGAAAAACCUGUUACUACUGCGGAUCUUACUGUUACAGAGAAACCAAAGGAGGAGGCUGAACAUAACCAUGUCCGACAAGCAGAACCCCAGCAAGAAAAAGCCCUGCAAGAGACUACAGGUCUACCUACUGCACAAUUAAGGCAAGCUUACAAAUCGAGUGAACGCAGGUUUGGCAGAGCGAAACCUGCAGCAGUGCCUAUUGCAGAUGUGCCAGAGGAACGUCUAAUAGGCUUCCCACAGCAGAAGAGUCCUGACCCAAGAGUAGACCCCUAUUCUGUAGCAGAGCUUGGAUAUGGUGCUGGAACAUCCCCUCGCACUAGGGUUUCCCAUAAAAAGGCCGCUGGGCAGCCAUCCGGCGCGCUGUCGGAGUUUGUGGAGAGCUGCAGAGAUGUGCCAAGGGAGAGCUGGGAUUUGGAAGGUUCUUCAGCCAUCGCGAAGAAGAAGAAAAAGAAACCAAAACAAAAGAGAAAUCAGCAGCCAAGAACAAUGGAGUUCUGGGAUGAAAAGACUGCGAUCCCCCAAGCUCCUAAAAGUUGCCCAUUUGCUGUUGAACUGCAAAAACCAGAUGUCUGUACCAUGUUGCCUGCUGAAGCUCGCAAAGAGCAGUCAAUUGCCUCAGGAAACAGAGCUUCAGACAUGCCAAAGGAUGCUAAAAUAACAACUGGAAGCCUGAGCGUGGAUGAUCAAAAUGCCUUCCCAAUGCCAGCACCCAGACAGCAGGCCCAAAAAACUGACACGCCGAUUGAAUCUGUGUUGGAUGCAAAAAAUGGAGACUUCAGGAAAACAGGGGAAAUGAGAGAUGACAGUUUGGUGUUGCGAUCUGAAGGCAAAAUAAAACAGGUUCCCUUGGAGCAGAUGGACAAGGCAGACAAGACGAAGGCGGGGGAACCUGUUACAGCAAAGAUGCUGACCAAGCCUGUGGAAAUAGGUCAUCUUGAUAAAAACAAGAGGAGGGAGUAUAAGGAGUCAGACCUGAAGGCAUCUCUUUCAGAAGAGAUCAAUCUAAGCAAAGUAGAAACUUCUUUAAAGACCAAACCUUCAGAAGUUCCCCUUUCUGAUAAAGGUAAGGAGGCCGAGUGCGCAUCUCCCAAGCGCGAAACGUUCAGCGAGACUGUCCCCACUGAGCCUCAGACUUCCAGUGGGUCAUUGGAAGAAAAAGCACAGAAAAGAGGCAGUGAAAAGAGCAAAGAGGCUGAAAACGAGUCCUUCAAACAGCCUGACCUUCUAGAGGCUGGGGCCCCAAGAGACAAGCUUCCUCGCCAGCCAGAAACAGCUGACAAAACUAAAACAGUGUCCGCGGAUAGUUGCACAGCGGUCAACUUGAGUGCUUCAGAGGCAGCGCAGAAGACCACAACAGAUGCUAAUAAAACGCCUGUUGCACCAUUAGUUGUACCAAAACCUGAGGAGGUUUUUCCUUUGAAAAACAGAAAGGCUGAUAGUUUUUCAGAGCAGACGUUACUUCUGGCAGCUAAGUCUGGUACAACUAAACUUCCCACCUCUGCUGAAGCCGUUGACAGAGUUGUAGUAGCAGAUUCCCCUGACACAAACAAAGAGCCGGGAUUUAUUGCAUUAGAGCAUCAGGCUGCAAAAGACCCCAAUAUUGUACAGGGGAUGGACAAACCGAAAAAAAAGCGUGGUGAAGGGAAAGUCAGAAAAAUUAAGAAUUUCCCUGAGCAGAUAACUCCUUUGGAGGAUGAGAACAAACUUACUGGUGGAGGGAAGACAGAUGAGACGAUAAAAGAAAUGACUUUCCCUGAUAAAGGCAAAGAGACUGGUUUUGCUACAAGAGGACAUCCAUCAGCAAACAUUACACAUAGUUACUCUGACAAAGCAGCAGACAAGGCAAAAAAAAGAGGUAGUGAUGGAAGAAGUAAAAGAGGCGAAAAAAGCUUUUUCCAGCAGCCUUUUCUUUUUGAGAGCAAGAGGGACGUAAGCAGUUCUCCUGACAUAACCGACAAACCUAAAGAAAUGAGUGUUAGCGAGAAAGGCAGAGAGAAAGGCUGUCUUACUGCUGAGCGUUUUCAGGAAAACGUGUCGGAGGGAGCUAAAACGCAAAGUCCCGUUGACCUGGUGACCGAGGAGCCGAAGCGAAGUGUUGGGAAAAGCGAAGUGCCGCGUUUGGGCGCUUCAGAGCAGCCGUCAGCUCCGGAGAGCGGGACAGAUGAAGCCAAGUGUCUUGCUGUGGCUGACGCGGUCAGCGAAACAAGGGAGGUCAAUGUGGUGCAUAGAGGCAAAGAGGCUGGAUUUACUUCUCCAGAUGAACCGGUUAUGACAGAUUCUAACACAGCAUUGGCAGACAAACCUAGGAAGAGGUGUAGCGAUGGGAAAAGAAAAAAUGAAAAAAAUCCUUUUGGGCAGCCUGCUGUCCUGGAGACCAGGGCAGAAGCAAGUCCUCCUCCGAGCAAAGAGGAGGUGGCUGGCAACACAAAAGAAAUGACCUUUGAUAAAAAUAAAAUGUCUGAUUUUGAAGGAGGUCUCGCGCUGGAGGAUCUGACAGGCAUAACCAAAGAGAUGGUGGAAAAGCCUGAAAUCCUGGGUGGUGAUAGAAAAAGCUUCUCUGAUCAGCUAGAUCUUUCAGGUCAUAAAAUAGAGACAGCAAAGCCAGAAAUGGUCAAAACUAAAGAAAUUUGGUCCCCUAAUAAAGGUAAGGAAACUGUCAUUAAUACAUCAGAGCCCGUCCCAGAGAACAGGACAGAGAGAGCUGGGGCACAUAGCCCCGGCAGCGAAGAGGUGACAGACAAGCCCAAGAAAAAGGGCAGAGAUGUGAAAGACAAAAAGCCUGAAAACAGUCUUGAGCACUCUGUCGCACUGGGUCUAGAUAAAAUCCCUGCAGUAGCUGAGGAGGUGGGAAAUGUUACAGAAACUCAGUCUCCUGAUAAAGGCAAAGAGAGUAAUUUCCCCGCUGCAGUAGGUCUGCUGGGUGGCCUAGCUGAUACAGCCCAUGUCCAAGCUUCUGCUAAACCUCUGGAGCCAGAAAAAUCAAACGCGAGCAAUAAAGAGAAGUGCAGGAAGAUGGAGGCUAGUUUGGAGCAGAUGUUUCUCUUGGAAGCUGGCACAGCUGGAGCGAUGUUCGCUGCUGGCGACACGGGGAGAGCUGCCGGAUCCAAGGCAGAAAGCUCUGCUCGCUGCAGCAGCGUGCCUGGGCUCCCCGUUUUAGAGCAGCCCGCUCUAAACUCCAGCUCCCCGGUGGCAGAUCACGGUUUGGCCCCAGAACCUGAUAGAUCUAAAAAGAGAGGUAGCGAUGGGAGAAGUAAAAAAGCUAAAAAUGCCUCUGAGCAGCCUGUUUUUCUAGAGACAAAAACAAGCAGGAGGGAAGCGCAGCCUCCCGUGGCAUCGGAGAUGUGCUGCGGAGUGGAAGAAAUGGGUUUUGUAGAUGAAAACAGAAAUAUUAAGAAUUUCCCCCUUGUCCCGCAAAUGCCCUGGAAUACUACGGGGAGCUUCUUUGAGCCCUUUGCUCAGGGAGCAGCAGUUAGCCCUGAAGGACCUGGCAGUGUUUCUUCUGGCUUCCCAAAGCAAACGGAAAAGGAUGCAGGAGGUAAGGCGCUCCCUUCUUCUGGAGGGGUGUUGGAGAAGAGCAGCAAGGGGCCUGGAUCUAGGGAUAAAAAGGAGAUGCCUGAACAGAGAUUUUACGAGCACCCAAUCAGCCUGGGCCAUGAAGAGCCUGGAAAAGACAUUUCAGUGAAAGAGGAGGAUAAAACCAGAGAGACCGAUUCCUGGGAUAAGGGGGAGAUGGGUCAACAACUUUCUUUGGAUCAGUCAGUUAAACAGGACAUUAAAUCAAAAAAGGAUGAAGUUCCCCUUCCUACCGUAGCAAAGGUGGAUGAUAAAGAAAUAAGAAUCGGGGAUAAAAGGGAAGACCCUGACUGCACCUCCUCAGACACGAAAAGCAGAACGGCUCCCGUAGGUGCCAAAGUGACGGUGAAAGUGGAAGAAACUGUCUCUUUUGAUGAGAAGGACCUUGGACGCGGUUCCUCUGGCUUCCCGGUGCCAGCGGAGAGUGGAGCAGACGCGGCUGCAGCCCAGGCGUCGAUGGAGAGCAGCGCUGGAGAGACCGAGCUGCCCGGAGGCACGAAGGACGAGCAAAGCCUGCUGAAGGACCUGGUCGGGUUAGACAAUAAAGUAGAUGAAGCAGAGGCUGCUGGUUUAAAUCUGAGAGCUGCCCAAACUGCCAAAAUAAGCCCUAAAGAUGAUGGUAAAAGUAAUUCCCAACUCGCAGAAGAGGCUGCUGCUCAGGGUGGGGAAGCUCACCUGAAGGAUGUCUCGGCUUUGAAGUCCGAAGCAGAUAAACCCAAAGACGCAAUGAAAGAAACAGAGGAGGGAUUUGAAGAAAAAACUGUGAAGGAGGCAAAGAAAGACGAAAGAGUUAAAGGAAAAGAGCAGCUAAAAGGCUACAUGAGACCCACAAAGGCGAGAGGUGGUCCAGCUGUACCAGCCAGGUCCGCCGCUCCCGAGCGAGAGAAACCAAAGCAGCCGAAACCCGCUGGUAUGAGCCGGCAGAGGCAAGAGAAAGCAAAACCAGAAGAGACCAAACCAGCCGAAGCGGUGACAGGGAACGAUAUCACCACCCCUCCAAACAAGGAGCUUCCUCCGAGCCCUGAGAAGAAGGCAAAGCCUGCAGUCUCCACACCAUCAGCAAAGCCUGCCGCGCCGAAGGCCAGGCCUCUGUCCGCUACCAGCCCCAAGCGGCCAGCCUCCGCCGCGCCUGGCCAAAACAAAAAACCCACCAGCCCUACUGCAGGUCCCGCCGCGGCCGCCACUCCUAAGCGCCCGGCCACCACCGCCACCGCCCGUCCCGCCACCUUAACUCCAAAGGAGGCUAAACCAAAGGCUACAGAUGCAAAGAGCCCGGAUAAGCGGACCUCACUGUCAAAGCCACCGUCGUCUGUCACACCUCGAACUACCGUCAGGAGCAGCCCAGCGACUCCCAGGACAACUGCAGCAUCUCCGGUCGCUGCAGCAUCUGGUGUGAAAACCACUGCUGCUUCUCCACCCAAGAGGCCGACAUCUAUUAAGACCGAUGCAAAGCCUGCAGAUGCCAAGAAGACCACUGCGAAGUCGCCAUCAGCAGACGUGGGCCGCCCUAAGAGUGCUUCCGGCAACGCCGUGAAAAGUAGUGCCACCACUCCUUCCACCGCCACCUCAAGCACGGCCGCUCCGCCCGGGGUGGCCGCCGGUCGUCCCAAACCCAAGCCGGCUGCAGCCAAACCUGCCACAACCUCGAGCACGACAGCGGAUGCUAAAAAACCAGCUGCUAAGGCUCCGGCUAAACCCAGCACCGUUUCCAAGCCGCCUCGCCCGACCAGCAGUGUUUCUGCGCCGGAUCUGAAAAACGUACGUUCCAAAAUUGGAUCAACAGAUAAUAUUAAGCAUCAGCCUGGUGGAGGAAAGGGAAAAGUAGAGAAAAAGCCAGACUCAACCGGUGCUGCGCGAAAGCCUGAACCCAAUGCGGUCUCUAAAAUGGCUCCUCCUAAAACAGCUGUAACAAAAGAGGGUGCCCCAAAGCAGCCCAAUGGGAAAGUCCAGAUAGUCUCCAAAAAAGCGAACUACAGCCAUGUUCAGUCCAAGUGUGGGUCCAAGGACAAUAUUAAGCAUGUCCCUGGAGGUGGGAAUGUGCAGAUCCAGAACAAGAAAGUCGACCUUUCCAAAGUAUCCUCAAAGUGUGGCUCUAAAGCAAAUAUCAAGCAUAAACCAGGGGGAGGAGACGUGAAAAUUGAGAACCAGAAGCUGAACUUCAAGGAGAAGGCCCAAGCGAAAGUGGGCUCUCUGGACAACGUGGGACACUUGCCAGCGGGAGGAACAGCGAAGGCGGAGGGCAGCGAGGAGCCGGGGCCGCUGCCGCCGGCCCCGCGGAGCGAUGCCGAUGCCGAGGCGCCCGGGGCCGGCGAUGCCCUGCGGGAGAACGGCGUGGGGCCGGCAGCGCCCGCCCCGGCGAGCGGGGCCGACCCGAGGGAAACGCAGAGCUUCGAGACCCACAUCCAGGAGACGAGCAUCUAAUGAUGACAUUAUGGUAUCGUCUCCCGUCCCCUCCUCCUCCUCCUCCUCCUCCCCCCGUCCCCCCCCCCCCGUCCCUCCUGCCCUUGUGUCGCUGCAGAUUGAACCUCGCGAGCUGUCGUUCCGUGCGAGGGCCCAGGCUCGGACGGACCACGGCGCGGGACCCGUCGUCUCCAACCCCCCCCACCCCCCCGGCAGCACUUCCCCCCCCCACCCGGCGCAGCACCUCUGCCAGCGAGAGCCCGGGCCCGGCCGCCCCCCCCGCCGCGCUCCCCCCGCAAGGCUCGUGCCCCCGGGCUCCCCCGCGCCGCGCCGCGCAGCUUGGCUCUCUUAACCCGGCCUCGGGCCCCGCGGGGGGACGGGGACGGGGCCCCCCCGGGCGGCAGGGCGGCCGGCUCCCCCCCCUCUGCAUUUCGGGGCUCCGGGCGCUGCAGCCAGGCCAGCGUUAACAGGGAUAAGCUGUGACCUCUCUCCCCCCCUUUUCUUUUUCUCCUCCUCUGCCGCUUCGGUUUCCGCUGGCCUCUUUGGCGACGAUAUAUAUCACACACACACACACGUUAGGCUGUUUUAACCGCUGACUUUAACCUCCUCUCCUUCGUGGCGACGCGUCGAUGAUUUCUCGUGCUGCGAAUCCCCGCGGAGCUUCCUUUCCUCCUCCCUCCCCUUCCCGGCCGUAGGAGCGUAGAGCCAUUAACCGCUGCCGCCGUGCUGGCUGCUUACUGACAUAUCCGAGCGUAACUCUCUUUUUGUUGUUCUUGUUGUUGUUUUUUUUUUGUUUUGGUUUUUUUUAAUAUUUUAAAAUGACGGAGCAAAGUCGUGGGAUUAAGCCAUGUGCGAAUCGCAGGGCGCAGGAACGUGUCGGAGGGAAGCGCGGGGGCCGAGCGGGCGGCUGCUCCGGGCGCGGGAGCCGCGGGCCGGGCCGAGGUGCGGGAAGCGGCGCGGCGGAGAGGCUGAGGAGGCGGAAGGAGGGUUUUAACCCACCGUCUGAGGUUUGGGCUCCUCGUUUCAUGUUGCGAAUGACACUAAAGAAACGAAAUGUAAAUAAAAAAAAAAACAAAAAAACGAAAAAAAAAAAGUAAGCGUUCUUGGGUCGUCAAACUAAUUUAAAGCAAAAAGCCGAAUAACAAAACACUGGGAUCAAAGGGCCGAGUGCGGAGGGGGGGCAGCUCGAAGGAGGGCGGAGGGGAGCCGGCAGCUGCUGGGGCCGGGGGGAGUCUGUCUUUGGGAAGCCGACAGCGACACGAUAACCCGGAAUCUGUAUUUACACACAAAGAUUCUUAUUGCACUUGUAUUUUUUAUAUUAAAGUUUGCAUGAUUUCUAAUAAAAUGGCAUUAAAAUGUACUAGUUUGCAUCAAAGUCGUCUGCUAGUUUCAUAAGUGCUUUUUCCUCCGGAUACAAAUUUAACUCAGCGAUGCAGAUUUGCACCUGAAAGGGGCGGUUAUAUAUACCCCAGACCCUGCUGCUGCUUCCCUUCCUCCUCCUCCUCCUCUUCCUCACCUCCUCCCCCUCUGUGCCACCAACCCGCUGAUCCCAGGCCACGAUGCCCGGUCCCCUCCCUGCCUUCCCCGUGCUGCAGCGCUGCUUCGCUCGGGGCCCCAGGCGCAGGCCGUAUAUAUCGCUGCCCUUCUCCGAUGCCUCCUGCUCGUUGCUGAAUUCGAAGCACCAGCUCGAGCGUCUCGAUGUGUCGAUGGGGUUUUUUUCCCCCCCCCAUGCUUGAGUUGCGGGGCAGUUUGGAGGAGCGGGAAGGGCAGAGCAGGCUGGUGCCCGCGCAGGAACCGGCCUGGCCUUGGCUUCCCGAAGCGGCAAAGGCCGCGCGGCGCUUGGGCCAUGUUGCUCUUGGUUAACCAAAGAGAAGGUGGAAGCUGAGCUGUCGCCUUCUCCCCGCGUUUCGGCCCCGGGAGCUGAAACGCCCGGAGAAGGGAGGCCCCGGCCGGGCCGCAGGAGGGAGGCGAGUGGCAACGUUGCACUUUAUCUUCUGCAAUUGCAAAAAGAAAAGAAAACAAGCAAACCCCCACGCUGUUUUGCAAAGGGACAGUACCUCCACCUUCUCCCUCCGCGUUGCUUUUUCGUGCUGGCGGCGGCGCGGGGCUGCAGCGGCGCCGGGCUCAGCGUCCUGUGCUUCUGUGCCACUUUCUCUAACACUUGUUGUGCCUGUGUUUAGCCGACUUACACUAAAUCCAGAGAGACACGCGUUUGGUGUGGUUUUUCUAGGACAGCCUGUUUUAAUAAGGAUUUUUUUUGUUUGUUUGUUUGUUUUUUAAUUUUGUUUUACGGAAGCAGCUGUGUAUAUAUAUUGCUAGCCUGGGAGGAGAGUGAUGCGUGGGAAAGCGGCUUUAGUUUCCUGGCUGGAGCGCGCGGGGGACCGGAGCUGGCUGAGCCCUUAAAGACGGGCUGCUGCGGCGGGGGAACAGGCUGGCGGGGCCGAGCACAGCAUCGCUUGUGCUAGGGCUGGUGUAGCCGAUUGCUAGCGCAGUGCAUGUCCCCAGGGCCAUGUUCCUCGCGUAUCGGUGGCAAACACGGUACUUUGGGGCUUUUUAUACUGUCAGGCAGAGCGCGUUGGCAUAGCGAAGCACGCGGACGCGAGGCUGGGUGGCUCGGGGGCCUCCCGCGAACUGAAUGUAGUUUUCUACGCUGCCCCUCACCGUCAUCCCCGUGUCGUGGCGGUGCGUGAGCAGGACCCGCGUGCGUUCGGCUCGGUUUUGGCAGAGUUUCUAGUUUCCCUGCGGGGCAGGACGGCGGGGUGGCACCGACCCUCCCGGCCUCGGUUUCCCCACCGGCCGAGCGGGGCGGCUGCGGGGCGCUCGGGGUGUAACGCGUGCCCUCCAUGCGCGGUGCCGGUGGUGUUACGGUGUCUCCCAGGCGUGCGGUGCCUCGGCGGGUCCUGCCUGCGCCCGGAGCGGUGCCGGGCCCCGGAGCAGGCUGGUUUGCUUCUGCCUUUCUGUUUCACCCGCCUCCUUGGGGCUGUAGCACUGUCUCCUCUAGCGAACAUUUCCUGAUUUGAUGUUGUGAUUCUGACUAUUGUAAAGGGUUGAAAUAAAGCUUCUAGAUGUUC